CGAGUCCGGCUCCCACAGCGGCAGACCCGACCAGAACCAGCAGGGAGUCGGACCAGAACCAGCAGGGAGUCGAACCAGAACCAGCAGGGAGUCGGACCAGAACCAGCAGGGAGUCGGACCAAAACCAGCAGGGAGUCGAACCAGAACCAGCAGGGAGUCGAACCCCAGAAACGGCUUCAGGUUUCCAGCGAUGGUUUGCGGAGGAUUCUUCUGCGCCAAAAACGCGCUUUCUGCGCUCAACAUCCUGUACGUGAUGGUGAGUCUGCUCCUGAUGGGCGUGGCAGCCUGGGGGAAGUGGUUCGGUCUGGUCUCCAGCAUCGGCGUGGUGGCGGGGGUCAUCGGGGUGGGGGCCUUCCUCCUGCUGGUGGCCUUCGUGGGUCUGUGCGGCGCCAUGAAUCACCAGCAAGUCCUGCUCUUCUUUGUAUCCUUCUGUACAUGGAUCGUCCUGUUCCUGGUGUUUGUGCUGCAGUUCUCCAUCUCCUGCGCCUGCCUGGCUCUGAACAAAGACCAACAGAACCAGCUGCUGGAGGUGGGCUGGAACCGAUCAGAGUCGACUCAGAAGGACGUGGAGAAGACUCUGGACUGCUGUGGCUACUCCUCCGUUAACUUCAACGCUUCCUGCCCCGCGCAAUGCUUCAGCUCCCCUCAGUCGUGCGUCAGCUGUUCGUCCAUCCUGCAGACGUACGCCGGGGAGGUUCUGCGCUUCAUCGGAGGCAUCGGCCUCUUCUUCAGCUUCACGGAGAUCCUCGGAGUUUGGCUCACACACAAGUACAGGAACCUGAAAGACCCUCGAUCGAACCCUGGAGCCUUUCUGUAG